CGGACUGCCUUUGUUAACCUGGGAGGGCGCGGCCGGGGGCAUUUUCGCUGCCGGCUUCGCUGAGCGGUGCUUGGUUACCAGAUUGGGGCGAGAUGUCCUACAUCCCGGGCCAGCCGGUCACCGCCGUGGUGCAAAGAGUUGAAAUUCACAAGCUACGGCAAGGUGAGAACUUAAUUCUGGGCUUCAGCAUUGGAGGUGGAAUUGAUCAGGAUCCCUCCCAGAAUCCUUUCUCCGAAGAUAAGACAGACAAGGGCAUUUACGUCACACGGGUAUCGGAAGGAGGCCCUGCUGAAAUUGCUGGGCUGCAGAUUGGAGAUAAGAUCAUGCAGGUGAAUGGCUGGGACAUGACCAUGGUCACACAUGACCAGGCCCGGAAGCGGCUCACCAAGCGCUCGGAGGAGGUAGUGCGCCUGCUAGUGACACGGCAGUCGCUGCAGAAGGCCGUGCAGCAGUCCAUGCUGUCCUAGCAGCCCAGGCGGUCCCCAGCUCGUUCCUGCCGCCUCUUUGUACAGUGACACACUCCACGCUGUCUGUUCCUCAUCCUGGCUUCUGCUGAGUUCUGGCCCCAGCUCUGAAGGGCAAGAGCUGAUCCCUGGGGCCUGACCUAGCCUUUCUCCCCCUCUCCUACUACUGGCUUGAGGCUCUGGGACCAGCUCUUUCCCUUGGAUACUAAAGACUGGAAACAACAGGCCUAGAGUGGAGCUGUACUGUCUGUAGUGACCACAGGCUUGACCCUCAUACCCCGUUACCUGACCACAGCAGUGUCCAGGCCAUUGGGAGGCCCCACUUCCUGAGAGCUGGAAAGCUGGAAAAUACCUGGUGAGGCCAUCUGGCCCCACACUUUGCCCUGGCCCCGCAGUGCCCAUGGCCUAUGCUUUUCCCCGCAUUGCCCAGAGGGGACUCAACACAACACACUGCCAGACCACUACGAAGGCCCACCCAGAUGGAAGCCGGGCAGGCUCGCCGUCUACUCCAUCAAACCCCCUCUCUUCCCAGGGGUGCUGGUCCCCCAGGGCUCACCUGUAUCCAGGAUUUAGAUGAGGUUGGAGGCUGACAUUUCAGGGCAGUUGUCAGGACUGCCAUGUUCCUCUAGACCUGUGGGUUUAACUUUUGUAUUUUUGUAAUCACAACUUUGAUAUAAAGUGUUUUUAUCUUACUAUUUGCUAAUUCUACUUUGUAUUUAGUUUACUAAUUCACAAACAAGUAAAAAAAGCCUUACUUCCAUGAUGGUAGAGAUCUCUUGUGCUCAAUAAG